AUUAAAUAAAUAAGCAAAAUAAAUAUAUAAUUAAAUAUAUAAAUAAAUAAAGCGGUGAAGGUGGAGCGUCGUGCGUCGUACGUCGUGACGCAGUGGGAUUUUUACGCGUGGUCGGCGUUUGGCCCCGCCCUUUCCGCUGUGACGGCGAUGGGUCGGAAGCGGUGUGUCGGUGCAGAUUGUUCGAAGAUGGCGGCCGGCUGCUGCGGGGUGAAGAAGCAGAAGUUGUCGGGAUCCCCCGGUUCCGGGGGUCCAGGUGGGGCGGGCGGCGGGGCAGCCGGGACCGGACACUGCGGAUCUGACUUGGGGAUCGGCUCUUCGUCGUCGACUGUCGUGUCCGGAAGCGUGAGCCGAGUGAACGGCCUCGGGGGUCCGGGGGGCAGCGGGAGUUGUAGUGGUGCUAGUAAUAAUAGCAGCGGCAGCAGCAGCAGCAGCAGCGGUGUUGGUGCUAGUAGUAGUGGUGGUCUUAGCGGCGGUGGUAGCAGCAGCAGCAACAACACAACAACCGCUCUGUCUCCAACUCCAGGAGGCUACAACACCGGCCUCUCCCCGAACCUCAGUCCGGGACCGGGCUCGGCCAGGAAGAUGGUGGUCUCGGCGGAGAUGUGCUGCUUCUGCUUCGACGUGCUUUAUUGCCAUCUGUACGGAUACCAGCCGCCCCGAACACCCAGGUUUACUAACGACCCCUUCCCACUGUUUGUCACAUGGAAAAUUGGCCGGGACAAGCGGUUGAGAGGUUGUAUAGGUACAUUUUCUGCCAUGAACCUGCACUCAGGACUCAGGGAGUACACCCUUACCAGUGCCCUUAAAGACAGCCGCUUUCCCCCGAUGACAAGGGAAGAGCUGCCGCGCCUCUUCUGCUCAGUGUCUCUGCUCACCAACUUUGAGGAUGUUGGUGAUUAUCUAGACUGGGAGGUGGGUGUUCACGGCAUUAGGAUAGAAUUUUUCAAUGAAAAAGGAUCAAAGCGCACCGCCACCUAUCUGCCAGAGGUUGCAAAGGAGCAAGGAUGGGACCACAUUCAAACCAUAGAUUCCUUACUUCGAAAGGGAGGAUACAAAGCUCCCAUCACAAACGACUUCAGGAAGACCAUCAAACUGACCAGGUACCGUAGUGAGAAGAUGACGAUGAGCUACGCGGAGUACAUCGCCCAUCGCCAGCACCACCACUACCAGAACGGCAUCGGGCACCCUCUCCCCCCCUACAACCAUUAUUCCUGACAGCGAGCCGCAUGACCAGUCACUGGACCUCUCCGCGGACCUCUUCCCUGGAGAGCCCGCCCCCUCGUGGUCUAGCUAUCUCUACUACUGUACCAUUUUAUGAUGAUAGUUUCCGUUGCCAUGCUAGCUCUCUGUUUCAGACGGUGGCAUGGCAGCGGGUGGCAAAGAAGAAUCACUAUUAUUACAUGGAGAAAAAAUCAAAUCAGCUCAUUUAUUUUCACCUUUUUAUCCUUUCGAUUAAUUUCGAUUUUUUUGCAGCAUAUAUAUAAAAAUAUAUAUAUAUCGUAUAACCCUUUUUUCCUCCUAUUUUUUUAAAAAGCAAUUAAACAAGUACUGCUUUUUUAUGCUGAAUUUUUUUCUUUCCAACAAUCCGAAUCAGGUUUUUCAGUCUGUGGAUGGAAAUAAGUCAUAUUAAAGAGAGGCUCGUCUCGUCUCGCAGACGUGUUUGUUUAAGUGAACGACGCUUCCGUUCCGCUAAAUGUUACAUGACUUCGACCACGUUACCAUUAAACCAGCAGGCAAAUCACGCUACGCAGGAAAAAACCUAUUCGCUGGGAAACGGAAAACGGUGAAACGUUUGAGAGCGAAGCUUUCUGAUUGGUCGGUUCUGUAUUUUUGUAAUUCUCAUGUAAACUUCAAACCGCUGAUUUAUUUCAGUCUCGACGUUUAACUACGUUUUUUUUUUUUUUUUUUAAAGCCCGAGCUCCGAAACAUCCGUUCUUUCAGUACUGUGAGCUUUUCCUUUUAUGUAAAUUUGUCGUAACCGAAUCGUAUCGGCGUUUGUAUCGAUAUCAGAGAAUCUUUCAAAAACAGAGGGGAAAUAAUGUAAGUUUGAUUGAGCCGUGAAGAAAAAAAAACUCUCAGAUGCUAUUAAGUGAUGGUGAUUAUUUAGAAUUUAUAAACGUCUCCCGGUUUAUUGUGGUGAUGCUGUAACCUGCGUAAAAGUCGUGUACCGUUUGUUCGCCUGGUUGUUUUUAUCAUUUAUGUUUUUAUCUCCAGCAAGUGGCCACCAGAGGGAGUUUGUUUGUUUGUUUGUUUGUUUGUUGCUUGUUUCUUCUCUCUGCGAUUCUAUUUCCAUCUGAUUCUGGAUAUUUGUGAGGUGUGACUUGAAUCGAUGAUUGAUGUUGUAGGGUUUGGGGUUUUUUCUGCUUCCUGACUGAGGUUGGUGAGAAACGGACUCACGUGACGGUCUGCUGUUUAUCUUUUCCUUUUCGUGUGGUGUUCGAUGUGAUGCUGAGAAACUCGUCAGAAGAAACCGCUUAACUAAAUUAGAUAUCAGAAAAGUCCAGAUUUUGUCUUCAGUAUCUGAGAGUCGCUCGUCUCUUUGAUGGAUUUUUUUGGAUGACGUCAUCUUUAUUUAUUCACUAUGGCUUUGAUAAACUGGUCCUUUUUUUUUUUUUCUCUCCCUCCUUUUAUACCAAAAUCACGCUGUUCUGAUCGGCGCUCCGUCAGAACUCGGUUCCCCUUCUGUUCAUUACAUUACUGCAUGUUGUGGUAUAGAAGGUGCUCAAAAUUUACAGACUUGUUUCUCACUGAGGGACCAUAAAGAGGAAAAGAUGAAGAUGAUGAUGAUGAUGAUGAUGUGGCUCUUCCAGUAUUUUCCCUGUAAAAAACUCCCUGGGUGUCUUAGAGGAGAACAGGAUUUCGUUCCUCUCCUUUGGGAUGCUGUUGUCGUUUUUUUUUCUUUAUUUUUU